AAAGUAGAAAAUGAUAUUGUAAAGUUGUCAUAACCUCAAAAAGCCGGUGUUUUGACAAUCCUUAAUUUCUUAAAAAAAAGUGGAAAAAUGGUGGUGCGACAGUACAACCAAGAGUUGGAAUACCUGGAAAAGACUUCCCCGUACUGCUGGCGGAUCAAGAAGGGUUUCCAGCCCAACAUGAACGUGGAGGGUGUCUUUUACGUCAACCAAACCCUGGAAAAGCUCAUGUUGGAGGAGCUGCGUAAUGCGUGUCGCCCCGGAAUGGCUGGGGGCUUCCUGCCGGGGGUCAAGCAAAUCGCGAAUGUUGCCGCCCUGCCUGGCAUCGUCGGGAAGUCGGUGGGGCUCCCAGAUGUCCACUCUGGAUACGGCUUUGCUAUAGGGAAUAUGGCAGCUUUUGAUGUCGACAACCCCGAGUCCAUCGUGUCUCCAGGGGGCGUCGGUUUCGACAUUAAUUGUGGUGUGCGAUUGCUGCGCACGAAUCUCUUUGAAAAGGACGUUUUGCCCGUGAAGGAACAGUUGGCUCAGAGUUUGUUCGAUCAUAUUCCCGUGGGGGUGGGUUCGAAGGGGAUUAUUCCGAUGAAUGCCAAGGAUUUGGAGGAGGCUUUGGAGAUGGGGAUGGACUGGUCGUUGCGUGAGGGGUACAUCUGGGCUGAGGAUAAGGAGCAUUGCGAGGAGUAUGGACGGAUGCUGAACGCGGAUCCGUCCAAAGUUAGCAUGAGGGCCAAGAAACGGGGGCUUCCGCAGCUUGGUACUCUUGGGGCCGGCAACCACUACGCCGAGAUCCAGGUCGUGGACGAGAUUUACGACAAAUGGGCGGCUUGCAAGAUGGGCAUCGAGGAAAAGGGCCAAGUUUGCGUCAUGAUCCACUCCGGUAGCCGCGGCUUCGGCCACCAAGUCGCCACCGACGCCCUCGUCCAGAUGGAAAAAGCCAUGAAACGCGACAAAAUCGAAACAAACGACCGCCAGCUCGCCUGCGCCCGCAUCAGCUCACAAGAAGGCCAAGACUACUUGAAAUCCAUGGCCGCCGCAGCAAAUUUUGCAUGGGUCAACCGCAGCUCUAUGACUUUCUUAAGUCGACAAGCCUUCGCCAAACAGUUCAACAUGGCCCCUGAUGAUUUAGACAUGCACGUGAUCUACGACGUGUCCCACAACAUUGCCAAAAUCGAGGAACAUAUCGUUGACGGGAAGCAGAAGACGCUUUUGGUGCACAGAAAGGGCUCCACAAGGGCUUUCCCGCCCCACCAUCCGCUGAUUCCCGUUGAUUAUCAGUUGACGGGUCAGCCGGUCCUGAUUGGGGGCACUAUGGGGACGUGUAGUUAUGUCUUGACGGGGACGCAGCAAGGGAUGUUGGAGACGUUUGGCUCGACGUGUCAUGGAGCGGGUCGGGCGUUGUCAAGGGCCAAGUCGAGGAGGAAUUUGGAUUAUACCGAUGUUUUGAACAAGUUGGAGGAAAUGGGGAUCUCGAUUAGGGUUGCGUCACCGAAACUGGUGAUGGAGGAGGCGCCAGAGUCGUAUAAGAAUGUAACGGAUGUUGUGAAUACGUGUCACGCGGCCGGGAUUAGUAAGAAGUGUAUUAAGUUGAGGCCGAUUGCUGUUAUUAAAGGAUGAAGUAUUUAUUAAGGUAUUUAUUUUAACGUGUAAAUAAAGAUGAUGGCGUUUGCUAAA